AUGUAUCGGAGAGAGAGCAAGCAGUCAGGUCAUCUGUCGGAGAGAGAGCAGUCAGGUCCUCAGUCGGAGAGAGAGCAGUCAGGUCCUCUGUCGGAGAGAGAGCAGUCAGGUCCUGUAUCGGAGAGAGAGCAGUCAUAUCCUCUAUUGGAGAGAGAGAGCAGUCAGGUCCUCUAUCGGAAAGAGAGAGAGCAGUCAGGUCCUGUAUCGGAGAGAGAGCAGUCAGGUCCUGUAUCGGAGAGAGCAGUCAGGUCCUGUAUCGGAGAGAGAGCAGUCAGGUCCUGUAUCGGAGAGAGAGCAGUCAGGUCCUCUAUCGGCGAGAGAGAGCAGUCAGGUCCAGUAUCGGAGAGAGAGCAGUCAGGUUCUGUAUCGGAGAGAGCAGUCAAGUUCUCUAUCGGCGAGAGAGAGCAGUCAGGUCUUGUAUGGGAGAGAGAGCAGUCAGGUCCUGUGUCGGAGAGAGAGCAGUCAGGUCUUGUAUGGGAGAGAGAGCAGUCAGGUCCUGUGUCGGAGAGAGAGCAGUCAGGUCCUCUAUCGGCGAGAGAGAGCAGUCAGGUCCUGUAUCGGAGAGAGAGCAGUCAGGUCCUGUAUCGGAGAGAGAGAGAGCAGUCAGGUCCUGUAUCGGAGAGAGAGAGAGCAGUCAGGUCCUGUAUCGGAGAGAGAGAGAGCAGUCUGGUCCUCCAUUGGAGAGAGAGUGCAGUCAGGUCCUCUAUCGGAGAGAGAGCAGUCAGGUCCUGUAUCGGAGAGAGAGCAGUCAGGUCCUGUAUCGGAGAGAGAGCAGUCAGGUCCUGUAUCGGAGAGAGAGCAGUCAGUUCCUCAAUCGGAGAGAGCAGUCAGGUCCUGUAUCGGAGCGAGAGAGCGGUCAGGUCCUGUAUCGGAGAGAGUGCAGUCCGGUCCUAUAUCGGAGAGAGAGCACUCAGGUCCUCUAUCGGAGAGAGCAGUCAGGUCCUGUAUUGGAGAGAGCAGUGAGGUCCUCUAUCGGAGAGAGAGCAGUCAGGUUCUCUAUCAGAGAGAGAGAGCAGUCAGGUCCUCAAUCGGAGAGAGCAGUCAGGUCCUGUAUCGGAGAGAGAGAGCAGUCAGGUCCUCUGUCGGAGAGAGAGAGCAGUCAGGUCCUCUAUCGGAGAGAGCAGUCAGGUCCUCUAUCGGAGAGAGAGCAGUCAGGUCCUCUAUCGGAGAGAGAGAGCAGUCAGGUCCUCUGUCGGAGAGAGCGAGCUGUCAGGUCCUGUAUCGGAGAGAGAGAGAGCAGACAGGUCCUCUAUCAGAGAGAGAGCAGUAAGGUCCUCUGUUGGAGAGAGAGAGCAGUCAGGUCCUGUAUCGGAGAAAGAGCAGUCAGGUCCUGUAUCGGAGAGAGAGCAGUCAGGUCCUCUAUCGGAGAGAGAUAGCAGUCAGGUCCUGUAUCGGAGAGAGAGAGCAGUCAGGUCCUGAAUCGGAGAGAGAGCAGUCAGGUCCUGUAUCGGAGAGAGAGCAGUCAGGUCCUGUAUCAGAGAGAGCAGUCAGGUCCUCUAUCGGAGAGAGAGAGCAGUCAGGUCCUGUAUCGGAGAGAGAGAGCAGUCAGGUCCUCAGUUGGUGAGAGAGCAGUCAGGUCCUCUGUCGGAGAGAGAGCAGUCAAGUCCUGUAUCGGAGAGAGAGAGCCGUCAGGUCCUGUAUCGGAGAGAGAGCAGUCAGGUCCUCAGUCGGAAGA